AUGGCCGCGCAGUCGGACGGUGGUAAAGCCGGGCUCGGGUAUGGGGGCGGGGGCUCCGGGUUCGCCCAACUGUAUGAUGUUGACGCCGAGGAGCCUCUGGACUCCGCCGCGAUCCACAUCUGUCAGUGCUGCCGGUCCUCCGCCUGCUACUGGGGUUGUCGCUCAGCCUGCCUCGGCUCUCUGCUCGGUGGGGGCCAGCCUGCCGUGGGGGUCGGCGUCAGGGAGACUCACUGCCCGCCCCGAGAGCAGCUGUGGUUGGAUUGCCUCUGGAUCAUCCUCGCCCUCCUUGUCUUCUUCUGGGACGUUGGUACGGACUUGUGCCUGGCGGUGGACUACUACCGGAGGCAGGACUACCUCUGGUUCGGCCUCACACUCUUCUUCGUGCUGGUGCCGUCGGUGCUGGUCCAAAUUCUAAGUUUCCGCUGGUUCGUGCAGGACUACACCGGCGGGGGGCUCGGGGAGGUGGAGGGGCUGACCAAGAGGGGCGCGGUGGCUCUAGGGUGCCUGUAUCCCGGCAGAGAUCGCCUGCAGCUGGCCACCAUCUGGCUGUGGCAGGCGACCAUACACAUCCUCCAGUUGGGACAAGUGUGGAGGUAUAUCAGGACAUUGUAUCUGGGCGUCAUGUCGCGCCGGCAGAAGGAACACCAGAGACGCUGGUACUGGGCCAUGAUGUUCGAGUAUGCGGACGUCAACAUGCUGCGGCUGCUGGAGACCUUCCUGGAGUCUGCACCUCAGCUGGUCCUGCAGCUCUGCAUCAUGAUCCAGGAGAACCGAGCCGAGACGCUGCAGUGCAUCUCCUCCCUCGCCUCCCUCCUGUCUCUCGCCUGGGUUCUGGCCUCCUACCACAAACUGCUGCGGGACUCACGCGAUGACCAGCGCAGCAUGAGCUAUCGCGGGGCGCUGCUGCACCUCUUCUGGCGCCUCUUCACCAUCUCUUCCCGCGUCCUCUCCCUCGCCCUCUUUGCCUCGCUCUUCCACAUCUACUUUGGCAUCUUCGUGGUUGUCCACUGGUGUGCCAUGGCCUUCUGGGUGGUGCACGGCGGCACCGACUUCUGCAUGUCCAAGUGGGAGGAGGUGCUCUUCAAUAUGGUGGUCGGCAUUGUCUACAUCUUCUGCUGGUUUAACGUGAAGGAGGGCCGGACGCGCCACAGAAUGGUGGCAUACUACAUUGUGGUGUUGGCCGAGAACACUAUCCUCACUGGACUGUGGUACGCCUACAGGGACCCAGUGCUGACUGACUCCUACGCCGUCCCAGCACUGUGUGGCGUCUACCUGACGUUCGCCGGUGGGGUCCUGGUCAUGCUGCUCUACUACGGCUUCCUGCACCCAGCCACCGCCCACCUCCAGCCAAGCCCCGCCUCAUCUUGUUGCGCCACGCUGCUUUGGGGUCUCCCGUUGCCACCGUCGGCACCGCCCACAGCCCCGCCCACCCCAGCCCACAUGACCAAGUCACAGACAGAGGAAGAUGUGGCCGACACAUGUCUUCCUGUCUUCCAGGUGAGGUCGGCACCCCCUAUCGUCAAGCCCGAGGGCCCGCUUAUAAAGAUCGACAUGCCCAGGAAGCGUUACCCGGCGUGGGACGCUCACUAUGUAGACAGGCGUCUGCGGAGGACUAUAAACAUCCUGCAGUACAUAACGCCGGCCGCUGUGGGCAUCCGCUACCGUGAUGGACCCCUGCUGUAUGAACUGCUGCAGUAUGAGUCUUCACUCUGA